AUGGGAAGAGUGUUCGCGAUAGAACUCGAGGGACCUGUCUACACAUGCAAAAAGUGCCACACACAUCUCGGAGUCCCCAAUGAUGUCAUCUCUAAGAAUGGUCCUUACGAAUAUGAGUUCACUAGACUCUUCAAUACAUUUCUGGCUGAAAGAACAUCCAAUGAUGGUUACAAAGGGAUCUUGUGUGUCUGUUGUUCCAGUGAGAUCGGCAAUUAUGGCGUAAGUGAUCCAAAUAGUUACUGGGUUAUGAGGGACGAGCUCCAUGGACCGGAAGGAAGCGAUGAUGAUGAGGUUUAGGAGUUAAUAUGUGUUAAGAGAAAAGGACAAUUUGGGUAUAAGUAUAUGUUUUUGAAUUUCAUAUUACUUUGUAUAGCGUGUGAAAGAAUUCUUUUUGGGGGUUUUGAUGACAUUUGAAAGUUCUUACUUUUGCACUUCUCCUAUGUGUACAAUGCAAUUAGCUUAUCAC